AUGCCAGCUUCCCUAACGCCGUGGGCCCCAAGUGAUAGGGAGCCUCAAGAAGUGGAAAAGAGCCCCAAUGGGCGUUACAUCAGGUAUAAUAUCCUCCUGGGCAAGGGGGCAUGUAAGCGUGUAUAUAAGGCGUUGGACACGGAGGAGGGGCUGGAGGUUGCCUGGAAUCAGGUGGACAUGUUGGGUAUGGACCGGGACGAGGAGGCGCGGCAGCACCUGCAGGAGGAGAUCCGCGUGCUGCAGCAACUCAAGCACAAGAACAUCAUGACGUUCUAUGCGUGGUGGUACGACAAGAACAACCUGCACAUUAACUUCAUAACGGAGCUCUUCACGUCUGGCAGUCUGCGGCAGUACCGCAAGAAGCUCAAGAUCAUGAGUGAGAAUGUGCUCAAACGCUGGGCGCAUCAGAUCCUGGAAGGCCUGCUGUACCUUCACGGCCACACACCGCCCAUUGUGCACCGCGACCUCAAGUGCGACAACAUCUUCGUCAACAGCGGCACGGGCGAGGUCAAGAUCGGGGACCUGGGGCUGGCCACCGUGCAGCAGACGGCCAUGAGCGUCGUGGGUACUCCGGAGUUCAUGGCCCCCGAGGUGUACGACGAGUCGUACGACGAGCGCUGCGAUAUCUACAGUUUCGGUAUGUGUGUAUUGGAGCUGGCCACCCUGGAGUAUCCGUACGCCGAGUGCCACAGCGUGCCCCAGAUUUUCAAAAAAGUCACUUUGGGUAUUCCUCCGGCUUCCUUGUCGCGGGUCUCCCCUGAACUCCGCGAGUUCAUCUCCCUCUGCAUCGCGCACAACCCCGCGGACCGCCCCUCGGCCCGGGAGCUGCUGAAGCACCCCUACCUGGAGGCCGUACGACUGUCCGGCAGCGAGUCACACCACUGCGCUUCACUGCCCAGCGGCGGCGCCUCCUCCGGCGCCCUCACCUCGCUGUCUAAUGGGGGCCCGAGUAACGGCUGGAACACGCCGUCAGGUUGGUGUGGGUGUGUGGGGGGAGAGGUGUGUGUGUGUGGAGGUGUGGAGGUGUGUGUGGGGUGGGGGGAGUGGUGGAGGUGCGGGGUUUAUUAA